AUUAUACGUUCUCUGCGUCAAAUCAAAAUCUUAUUGGCACGUGUCUGCAAAUAAAUAAACAAUGGAUGACGAAAAAUUAAUAGCUUUAGUUCAGACUAAAAAUGAAUUAUUUAAUAAGAGCAGUCCAUACUACAAGCUGCAAUCCAGGAAAGAUGCUUUGUGGAAUAAAAUCGGGAGAGAAAUGAACGCAAGUGGAGAAAUGUGUCGCUGUAGAUGGCUAACACUUCGGGACCGGUACGGGAUUGAAGUGCGAAAGGCUAACGCCCCCUCAGGCAGUGGGAUGGAAUUCCAAAGGCAGUGGCAUUUGUUGGAGGCAAUGGAGUUUCUAAAGCCACAUAUUGUUUUACGACCGGUCAGAUGCUCACAAAAUAUUUGUGAAACCGCUGUCGGUGAUCAGGGUGAGUUGCAAUCAGCAGCUGAUGAAGAAGAUCAAUUGCAGUCACAAGGAAAUUCGCACGAGGUGGAAGUGCCAUCACCGUUAUGGCCCUUAUCGCCAUUAAGCCCUAUUACAAUAUCGCUGCCGUCGUCAUCGCCUCCUUUCCCAGUAGCGCAAAGCGUAGUGGAUAUACCAUCCCCGACUCCUUCCACAUCAACCUCGUUGCCCUCACCAUCCUGCUCUGCGCAGGUGGCUGCCAAAAAGGUUAGACAACGAACGAAGUCAUCUACUAGCGACGUUGACCAAAAAAUGAUGGAAGUCAUCGAGCUAUUCAAAAAUAGAUGGUCAUCAAUGCAGCCAACCCAACAAACCCGACAACAAUAAUUCUCAAACCCGGUUGUGCAAUCAUUCAGUAGUUUGAUGGCUUCCAUUUUAAAUAAAAUGGACGAAAAGAAACAAGCUAGGGCAAUGGAAAAAAUGUUGGAAGCUGUCUUUGAAGUGCAGAGAGAAGCAUAAUAUUAAAUAAAAUUUAAAAUAAUUUAAUAUAUGUAUGUAUGUACAUUUAUA